AUGAUCGAAAUUCCAGGGUACGUAGUUCAAGGUCGGCUGGGAGCAGGUGGAUUCGGAACUGUGUAUCGUGCCGAGAGAGCGAAGGAUGCUCAGGUAUGCGCCAUCAAAGUCCAAACAGAAACGAGGUCGUCUUUAGGUCUACGACUAUUCGCCAACGAGAUCGCGACCGUCUCUCAUUUGUCUCACCCCAAUAUCGUAUCUUUCAUCGAAGUUAUCACGCACGAUCACAAAACUCAUCUAGUGAUGGAAUACUGCGACGGUGGCGAUCUGCGAGGUUUACUCGACGACUAUUUGGAGGCUGGCAUCGUGCUCACCUCCACUUCCCUUAGACAAGGCAUGUUCGAGGAGGACGUGCAAUCGAUCUUUCUUCAAGUCCUCCUCGGACUUCACCACUGUCAUGGGCACCUCAAGCAAGGUUCUAUCAUUGUGCAUCGUGACAUAAAACCUGAGAAUGUGCUUCUCACGUCCGGGGGUCUAGUGAAGUUGGCAGACUUUGGAUUGUCCGUCACGCUGAAAGAACAAAAGUCGCAUGCGAUCUCCAUAGAAAUACAGGCAGGACACCCUUACGGCCCAGCUGCAGAUAUCUUCAGCCUUGGGUGCCUCCUAUAUGAGAUGUGUACCUUUGAUAUUCCAGCAGUGUACGCCAACGACCCGGGAAACAUAACGAUUGAGAGCUCUAUUCCUACCGAAUUUUCGCAGGGAAUGCAGGACAUCACCGGUCAUCUUCUCAACCCAAAGGUAGGUGCCAUAGGCAUAAACAGUGCUGGAUUCAAGUAG